AUGACAAAGAAUCGUAGUCCUUAUAGGAAAAAAUAUCAACCUUCCUUAACUUAUGAAAUCUACCAAGUACUUUGUGGUAUUAGUAAUAUAAAUGAGAACUCCCAGCAAAAUGUAGACUUGUCUAUAAAUCUCCAAGAAACCAACUCUCGUGAUCCCCGUGAUGAAUUAAUCACUAAACUUAGCAAACAAAUUGAACAACUUACAUCUGAAUUGAACUUGGCCCGCGAACAAAUCGCUAAACUUAUGGCUAUUCAUACAGCCACCACUGAAAACAACAACUCACAAACCAUUGUUAAUGCUGAGUUUCCUCCACUUAAUGGACCAGUUUCUCAAAAUAUUGAUAAUUCAAACUCCCAGGCCCCCUGGCGCAAUCCCAACAAGGUAGCUGCAUUAAAGCAGUCUAUGUAUCUCAACCGUCAAAAAAAUCGAAUUCGCAAGGAAGAAGCAGCAGCACGUUUCUUCCAACCACCUUCCAAUAAUCAAGGCUUUCAAUACCUAUACAUUUCUACUAAAGCUCGCAUCCCUGUCGGUAAACUUCGAUCUUAUUUACGCCAAAUGGGUGUAAAUAAUGCACGUGUACUAGAUAUCCAUUAUCCCGACCGUAACAUUGUUGCGCUUCUUAUCCAUAAUGAUUAUGCUGCUGAAUUUAAACAACUACUUGAAACUAAACGUGUCCACUUUGUUAACAACUUUGAUCCCUGGGACGGUUCUACUCUCAAAGACUCACAAUAUAAAGAUCUUACAGAACAAGAACGAACUUUUAAAGCAUGUGAAAUCCAACUACAACGCCUUGAGCGUGCAGUUAUACAUAUCCGCGAACCAGUGAAGUUUGCAGUAGCAUAUUACUUCUACCAACAAAAGUGGUUAUCUAAAUCAUUUAUUGACCAACUUAACAACUCUCGCUAUAAACGACCAGAGGAUAUUUUUGAUAUGGAUGAGGAUAUCAUGAAUACUACCCCUGAAGAUACUCCAGCCAAAGAAACCAGCCUUGACAACACUCAACAUUAA